AUGGCCGUCAACGAACGCAAGUACGACGAGCCCUACGAUCCUGUUGAAUGGGAGUGGGAGUGGGACGACGAAGAUCUCGACACCUUUGGGGCUGAUAGCAACUCUGAGUCUGUGUCUGACUCAGAUGACUCGGAUGAGGCGAGACUGAAAGAGAUCGUGACUGGCACUCAGGGCAUUGUUGCAUGCGGUGAAAAUGAGGAAGGUCCUGAACUCAGCGCCGCAGAAUAUGCCCACGAAAGUCGCGCAGAUCCGGCGGCCUAUGGUCGUAGGCUCACAGACCGCGUAUUCAUGCUGCCAAUGUUAGUGCAAUCGGGACGGGCAUCUGAGCCUUUGGUUAUCGAACGCCCUCAACGAGGACAGGACGUAGGGGAGAUGAUGUUCGCGGUAGUGGCUGGUUACAAUUGCCAGCAUCAGGGCCCACACAGCUUAGACCUCGAUGCCUGCCUGGGAAUGUUGAUACAACGGAGUACCAGGAGGUCGAAAAUGGACGGUAGGAACUUUGUAUGGACGACAACAUCAUGUAUCAUCUUGAACACGAUCUUGUCAAUUGCUCGGCGGAUUGCUUUGCGCCGACAUUGUCGCCGAUACAACGAGCAUGAACGACUGGGGAAUCUCGACCAGCACAGAACCCUCGUCUUGCCCCCCAAGUGGGGGAGAAAGUCGAACGCUGAAAACCUCCGACAAACUUUCUGCGAAAGUGGCAAACCCUUCAUCCAUUAUCCCGGCGAGGAGGCAGAGAGCAAUGACAAGCUUGCAGACGAUGAGGGCAGCGCUCAGAUGGACCUGAGCGAGCACGACGUGUCCAACGGUGCAUGCGAUGCGUGUGCCGAUGACUUGCGGAUGUCCGAGGGCGGGGCCGAUGACUAUGACGAGGUGGAUGAAAGCGACGAGGAUGAAAGCGACGAGGACGACGGGAGACGGACUGAUCCAGAUUAUGUGGAGGAAGAUGAUGAAGGGGAGGAAAGCGACGAAUACGACGAGGAGGUGCACUCGUCCAAAAGAGUGAAAAAAACAACCAACAUCCGACAACACGACAGCCAUCCGGGGCCAACCGAGGAAUGGGACACUUCCGAGGAACAAGGAAUAUUGAGUGCUCCUAGUAGUACCUCCCGCAGGCGCGUCCGUUUGGUGCCUGGAGGUGCCAGAUCGUCAUCCGACAUCACUUACAGCGACGAUGGCUCCGACCGUACGCUACCUUCGCCGUCCGACUCAGACUGGAGUAUGGUCGUGUAUGACUAG